AUAUUCUAAUUCCAUAAUAUAUUAAAAAAUCUAUCAAAUUAAAAAAUUGGCAUAUAAGAGAUAAACAUACGCAUACGGAUUAACCGUACUUGAAUAUUAUUUUGACACCAUAGUACAAAAUGGAAAUAAUUAAGAAUUGAUGAAUAAGAACAUGAAUAUAAACUGUUCCAACGGUUUACAACAUAUCAUAACGGCAGCCUGCACAAGAUAAAUUUUCUCUUGUAGUUGCAACCGUGGAUGAUGCUUUUUUACUGUACUACGCGCACGGUUUUGGUAAUUAUUCGGUCCACCGAAGAGUGCGUGCGUGAUUUGCAGAGGUUCGGGGUUGCCCGACGGCAACAAACAAUUACUGUUGUUGGAAUGUAAUAAUGUUGUAACAGGAAAGUGGUAAACCACAAACAGGAACGAUGAGCUUCUCCAGUGACGAAGUGAAUUUCCUUGUUUACAGAUACCUUCAGGAAUCAGGAUUUCAACAUUCUGCAUAUACAUUUGGUAUAGAAUCACAUAUAUCUCAAAGUAAUAUUAAUGGUGCCUUAGUGCCUCCAGCUGCACUUCUUUGUAUUCUUCAAAAAGGCUUACAAUAUACUGAAGCUGAAAUUUCAAUAGGAGAAGAUGGAACUGAACAGCGAAUGGUAGAGUCAUUAUCUUUAAUUGAUGCUGUUAUGCCAGAUGUUGUUGCAUCAAGGCAAAAUCAACAAAAUCAACAAAAGCAGCAAAUUAAAACUGAAAUUCAAGAUACAAAUGGAGAAGAAGUUGUCACUUCUAAUGAAGGAGUAGGUACAAACGAUAAAGGAGGGGAUAGGGUUGAAAUGGAAGUCGACGAUCAACAACAGGGACAAGGUAGUGGACCUAAUGCCACUUCAGUAAAAAUACCAGCAAGCAAAGCAACCAAAUUAUGUGGUCAUGAAUCAGAGGUAUUCAUUUGUGCUUGGAAUCCCACAACAGACCUACUGGCAUCUGGAUCUGGUGACAGUACAGCUCGUAUAUGGGAUAUGUCUGAUAAUUCACAAUCUCCUAAUCAACUAGUCUUAAGACAUUGUAUCCAAAGAGGCGGUACAGAAGUUCCAAGUAAUAAGGAUGUAACUUCGCUUGAUUGGAACUGUGAUGGAACCUUAUUAGCAACUGGUAGUUAUGAUGGUUAUGCUCGUAUAUGGACAACUGAUGGUAGAUUGGCAUCGACAUUAGGACAGCAUAAAGGACCUAUUUUUGCAUUAAAAUGGAAUAAACGGGGUAACUACAUUCUUAGUGCUGGAGUUGAUAAAACCACAAUUAUAUGGGAUGCAGCAAGUGGACAAUGUACACAGCAAUUCAGUUUUCACUCUGCACCUGCUCUAGAUGUUGACUGGCAGACAAAUACAUCUUUCGCCAGUUGCUCCACUGAUCAAUGUAUUCAUGUUUGUAAACUUCAUGUGGAUAAACCAAUUAAAAGCUUCCAAGGACAUACGAAUGAAGUGAAUGCUAUUAAAUGGGAUCCUCAAGGAAAUUUACUAGCCAGUUGUUCUGAUGAUAUGACCCUAAAAAUAUGGUCAAUGAAACAAGAUACUUGUUUACAUGACCUUCAAGCACAUAGUAAAGAAAUUUACACUAUAAAAUGGUCUCCUACCGGACCAGGUACACAAAAUCCUAACAUGAAUUUGACUUUGGUUAGUGCAUCCUUUGAUUCAACUGUAAGACUUUGGGACAUUGAUCGAGGUGCCUGCAUAUAUACUCUAACUAAGCAUACUGAACCAGUAUAUAGUGUAGCUUUUAGUCCUGAUGGUAAAUUCUUGGCUAGUGGAAGUUUUGAUAAAUUUGUUCACAUAUGGUCCACUCAAAGUGGUCAACUAGUGCAUAGCUACAGAGGGACCGGGGGUAUUUUUGAAGUAUGCUGGAACAGUAGGGGUGAUAAAGUUGGAGCUUCAGCCUCUGAUGGCAGUGUAUUCGUCCUCGAUCUACGCAAACUAUGAUUAAUAACAAAAAAUUAAAUUUUGAAAUUACCUGCAUAUACAUUACGGUGUCUAAUUUACUUUUUGGUAGUUAUUUAUACAAUAUCAUAACUGCGAUAUAUCAAAUUUUAGCAUACACCUUUUUAUAUUCAUUUAAUGCCUUUCAUUUAUUAUCUUAUGCAAUUUAACGUUAUCACAUUCUUUUAGAGGCAGUUAAAAAAUAACGAAAUGUAGUACGUCAGAUAUGAUAAAAAAU